AUGGUGGGGAAGCAGCUCUUCUUCAAGUGCGAGUGCUUCCAGAAAGCGGGCGCAUUCAAGAUCCGAGGUGCUUCGAAUUCGAUAUUCGCACUUGACGAUGAGCAGGCAUCAAAGGGCGUUGUGACACAUAGCAGUGGGAACAAUGCCGCCGCGGUGGCUUUGGUUGCAAAGCUGCGUGGCAUACCUGCACACAUUGUCAUACCAAGAAAUGCACCAGCGUGCAAGGUUGAAAAUGUUAAGCGGUAUGGUGGUCGUAUUAUCUGGAGCGAUGUCAGCAUUGAAUCGAGAGAAUCUGUUUGUAAAAAAGUCCAGGAGGAGACUGGUGCUGUUCUUAUUCAUCCCUUCAAUGAUAAAUACACUAUCAGAGCCUUAGACAUUACUUCAGGUGCAGCGCGGUGGCCAGCAGAACCAGCAGCAUUUGAGUUUGCUACACGGCGCCAGAGUUCGGCGGCCUCCACAGAGCCCGUGGUGCGGGUGCGGCUGAUCUGA